UGUCUUUUCUCGGUAGGCACAUUGUCAUCCCACCCCCAGGGAAGCAAAGCCACCUGCAUCUGCAAGCCUGGUUCUCUCUGCUGGUGGAGUCCCGCGAAAUGCUCCGGGUUCCAAUCGCAAUCAGUGGCUGAAAUCCCUCCCUGGUUUAAGAGAGGAGGAAUUGUUCCGGGAUUAGGUAAAAGAAGAAGGACAUGGCUGACAUUGAAGCUGGCAAGCCAGCCACUGAAUCUGACACUGCAACAUUGAUCCCAAACAGUGGAAGCUUAGAAGGUUCAAGCAGGGCCACAAAGACCACCAGGUUCAAAGACGACGACGAGGUCGUCGAGAUCACGCUCGACGUGCAGCGGGAUGCGGUGUCGGUCCAAGGCGUCAGGCCGGUGGCCGCGGAGGCUGCGGUGGCCGCCGCGAGGAAGAGAUAUGACAGGAGCAAGAGCACCGCUGCGGUGGCGCUCAAGGGCCUGCAGUUUGUGACUGCCAAAGUUGGCGGCGACGGCUGGGCCGCUGUGGAGAAGCGGUUCAACCACCUGCAGGUUGACGGCGUCCUGCUCCGUUCCAGAUUUGGGAAAUGCAUUGGCAUGGAUGGGUCCGACGAGUUCGCGGUGCAGAUGUUCGACUCGUUGGCGAGGAAGAGGGGGAUAGUCAAGGAAGUGCUGACCAAGGCGGAGCUCAAAGAGUUCUGGGAGCAGCUCAGUGAUCAGGGUUUCGACAACCGUCUCCAAACGUUCAUCGACAUGGUUGACAAAAAUGCUGAUGGAAGAAUCACAUCAGAGGAGGUCAAGGAGAUUAUCGCCCUUAGUGCAUCAGCAAACAAACUCUCCAAGAUCAAGGAGCGAGCCGAUGAGUACACAGCGCUCAUCAUGGAAGAGCUUGACCCUGACAACUUGGGCUACAUAGAGCUGGAGAACCUGGAGGCACUCUUACUGCAGCCACCAUCUGAAGCCGUUGCAUCGACCAUCACCCACAGCUCCAAGCUCAGCAAAGCUCUUAGCAUGAGGCUCGCGCCUAGUAAGGGCAUGAGUCCACUUCACCGCUACUGGCAGGAGUUUUCCUUCUUUGUAGAGGAGAACUGGAAGCGUAUAUGGGUCGCGGCCCUCUGGCUCUCAAUCUGCAUCGCCCUUUUCGUUUGGAAGUUCAUCCAGUAUCGCAACCGAGCUGUCUUUCACAUCAUGGGCUAUUGUGUGGCCACUGCAAAGGGUGCCGCCGAGACCCUGAAGUUCAAUAUGGCCCUGGUCCUUCUUCCUGUCUGCCGAAAUACAAUCACUUGGAUUAGAUCAAAGACGAAGAUUGGAGCUGUUGUGCCCUUCAAUGACAACAUAAACUUCCAUAAGGUAAUAGCAGCAGGUGUCGCAGUUGGUGUUGUUUUGCAUGCAGGUGCUCAUCUGACAUGUGAUUUUCCUCUCCUGCUCCACGCAAGUGAUGCGAAAUAUGAACCAAUGAAGCCUUUCUUUGGGGAGAAAAGGCCACCAAAUUACUGGUGGUUUGUAAAAGGAACUGCAGGGUGGACAGGUGUUGUCAUGGUAGUGCUCAUGUCAAUAUCCUUUGUAUUAGCCCAGCCAUGGUUCCGACGUAACAAGCUCAAGCCCACUAAUCCACUCAAGAAGAUGACUGGUUUCAACGCCUUCUGGUUUACGCACCACCUAUUUGCUAUUGUGUAUGCGCUGCUCAUCGUCCAUGGAACAAGUUUGUACCUAACCAAGGAGUGGUACAAGAAAACGACAUGGAUGUACAUCGCUUAUCCUGUCUUCUUAUAUUUGUGCGAGCGCAUUGUUCGGUUGUUUAGAAGCAAUGAUGCAGUUAAGAUUCAGAAGGUUGCGGUAUAUCCUGGGAAUGUGUUGGCUCUUUAUAUGACCAAGCCACCUGGUUUCAGAUACCGAAGUGGGCAGUACAUCUUUAUAAAUUGCGGCGCUGUAUCUCCAUAUGAAUGGCAUCCAUUUUCCGUUACAUCAGCACCAGGAGAUAAUUACUUGAGUGUCCACAUUCGCACAAGGGGUGAUUGGACUUCUCGGCUUAGGACUGUCUUCUCUGAGGCGUGUCGGCCUCCGACUGAAGGAGAAAGUGGACUCCUUAGAGCUGACCUCUCCGUGGGAAUCACUGACAGCAACGCAAGAUUCCCUAAACUUAUGAUCGACGGGCCAUAUGGUGCUCCAGCACAAGAUUACCGGGAAUACGAUGUGCUGCUGCUCAUCGGGCUUGGCAUCGGAGCCACCCCUUUGAUCAGCAUUGUGAAGGAUGUGCUUAACCACAUCCAGCGCGGUGAAUCGGUUGGCGGAACAGAGCCGGACGGCAGUGGCAAGGCAAAGAAGAAACCGUUCAUGACCAAGAGGGCCUACUCCUACUGGGUCACAAGGGAGGAAGGCUCCUUUGAGUGGUUCAGAGGGGUGAUGAACGAGGUGGCCGAGAAGGACAAGGAUGGAGUGAUCGAGCUCCACAACCACUGCUCGAGCGUGUACCAAGAGGGCGAUGCUCGGUCCGCGCUCAUCGUCAUGCUCCAGGAACUCAACCAUGCCAAGAAGGGGGUCGAUAUUCUGUCCGGGACCAGCGUCAAGACCCACUUUGCCCGGCCUAACUGGCGAAGCGUCUUCAAGCGCAUCGCAGUCAACCAUGAGAAUCAGCGCGUUGGGGUCUUCUACUGCGGCGAGCCUGUUCUUGUGGCGCAGCUGCGGCAGUUGUCGGCAGACUUCACCCACAAUACCAACACAAAGUUUGAGUUUCACAAGGAGAAUUUCUAAUUACACAUAUGUAUGUAGCUAUAAUGUAAGAACCUGCCUUUCUAUGGUCUGCGUCAUCAUAAUAAGGUAGAGAAAUAAUAAUCCAAGUUUUUUUUAUA